AUAAAGUUUACCUUAUAGCACAAUAGUUUAUAAUUAUUUUUAAUAUAAUUAAGCGAUGGGUUCGUUAACAAGUCGACAAAACGCUGGUGUAGAAGAAGUUGAUAUUGUUUCAAAUCAUGCAUACAAAUAUCCUCCUCGUUCGGGAAGUUAUUUUGGUAGUCAUUUCAUAAUGGGUGGUGAACGGUUUGAUACACCUCAACCAGAAGCCUACCUUUUUGGAGAAAAUGCUGAUUUGAAUUUUUUAGGAAGUCGCCCAACACCUUUUCCGUAUCCUCCACCACAAGCUAAUGAUCCUACUAAAACGUUGAAAAGCUUAGUAAAUAUAAGAAGAGAAUCAUUAAGAUUGGUUCGUAAUGUUGAUCAAACUUCCACUUCACCUCAGUGUCAUAAUGUUAAACAUUAUGGAGAUGGUGAUAUAGACAAGAAAUCAAAUCGCUAUAAUAUUGAAUUUACAUUUGACUGCGAUGUAAGAUGUGCAAUCACAAUAUAUUAUUUUUGCUCCGAAGAAAUAACAACAAAAGGAGCUACAUACAUACCAAGGGAUCCAUCUAUGAAUUCUGAGACAUAUUAUUAUAAGAAAGGUGCCAAUCAGUUAUUCUCUCAAACGUCACAUAUGUUUGAUCCAACUGCCUACAGCAAAGAAGAUUUAUUGUACAAUGCUGACAGGGAAAUAAUUCCAAUAGCAAUCCAUUGUGUAGCAGAGGAAGGCUCAGACGAACCAAAACAAUCUCAUACGACUAUUGCAGUUGUUGAAAAACAUUCGGAUGGAACAUACGUAUUAAAAGCUCUUAAACAAAAGCUUUAUGUUGAUGGUCUUUGUUACUUGCUUCAAGAAAUAUAUGGAAUUGAAAAUAAAAACGCCGAAAAUGCAAAGCAACAAGGUAGUGAUGAAGAUACAGAUGAUAAUGGAUCAGAAUGUGUUAUUUGUAUGUGUGACGUGCGAGAUACUUUAAUAUUACCGUGUAGGCAUCUAUGCCUAUGUAAUAGCUGCGCAGAUUCUCUUCGAUAUCAAGCGAACAAUUGUCCAAUAUGUCGGGCCCCUUUCAGAGCUCUCCUCCAAAUUAAAGCUCUACAGAAAGCAACUGGAGCUAUUAUAUCAAAUCCACCAUUGCCAGAGGGAAGUUGUGAAAAUAUACCAGCUGGAUACGAAGCUGUAUCAUUAAUAGAAGCUUUGAAUGGUCCAUAUAUUCCAAGAACUGCUGUUCUUGCGCCAGAAUCUCCAGACACUCCUGAUACAGACACAGCCAGUGCAAUUCAAGCAGCUGAAGCAUUAAAUAGUAAUUCACAUUUGUUAUUUAAAAGGUCUAUAGAACGUACACCUGUAUCGAAACAUGUAUCUUCAAAAGAUGGAGAUGUAUCUGCAAGAACAAGUGGUACUACAUGCCCAACCCCAGAAUUUCGAAUGUCCGUCUUGUUAGCUAGAGAUGAACAUUCAGGAUCACAGAAAGAUUUACAUAGCCGAUCUCCAGCAAUGAGGAUGAAAAACUCCGGGCAUUUACGGGAAAAGGCAGUAUUACGAUCACGAGAUACCCUUAGACUUGUUAAUGAAAAACAACCAGUUUCUCUUUACGAGUAUUUACAGGGGCAAGGACAAGAUGAAGACAGCGAGGCAGAGAAAUUAUCUCCAUUAUUAGAUGCAGCAACUAGUACAGAGGCACUUGAUACUCAUAGUCGCGGAAUAUGCGAUAUAGAUAUUGAUGACGAGAUUCAAAACACAGAAAAUGAAAAUGACGCGGAUAUUACAUGUCAUUCACAUUGAAAUAAAUAUCAUCAGAUGAUAUCUAAUUAUAUCUCCUAAAAAAAAAAAUAAAAAAUAAAAAUAAAAAAUAAAAAUAAAAAAUAAAAAAAAAUAAAAUGUAUUUACUUAAGUUUUAUAAUAUAGAAUUACACAUGUUUCCUUAAAAUUCUGAUUGUAAAUUGUAAAUAUGACAUUAUAAAUUAUAAAUUAAAAUUGUUUACAUUUGUAAUUAUUAGUUAGAAAUCUAGCAUGAAAACUUAUUAUUUAAAAGUUGCACGUAACUAACUAUAUCAUUUCUUAACAAAAAUUUGGUUAGACAUCAUUUCUUCUUUCUAACAUUUUCUGCAUCGUCUGAUACUCGAUGAAUAAAGACGAAAUAUGACAGCUUUUAGCCUAGCAAUCCAUUGGUUCAAAAGCUAUUUUGAAUUAAUAAUUAAUAAAGCUAAUAUUUAAAAUAGUUAUAUUUAAGUAAAUAUACUAAAUAGAUGUAUAAAAUUUAACUUUAAAAAGCUAAUAAAUAAAUAACAAUCAGAGUUAAUAAUGUAAUAUGAAUAUAUAGCGGUACAUGAGUUAGAGGACAAUUCAAACCAUGCUGUUGUUUUGCCUCGGAUUAUCAAUAUCGUUAGGAAACACGUAAUGUAAUAAUAAGUGAAGUGUAUGUAGGCGAUAGAAGGUUUCGAAACACUAGAGUAUGUUUAACAAUAUAAUUUAUUAAUGUAUACCCUAAGUGUACACUAGUCGUAUAACACAACUUACUGGCUUGAUUCGUGAUUACGAAUAUAUCGGCGCAGGGGAAGUAUCAACUUAACUGUUACUGCUCGUGUCACUCGAUAACAAAAGAUUGCCUCGUUUCCCUAUUCGCUAUAUUUGUAACCGUCGGAGUUGACGAAAGGCGUCGGGAUUUUAAUUUCGAAGGUAUUCUCGAAAGAUCCCAACGGUAGCUAAACUCUCGACCUUGUUUACGAAUUUUGACUUUUCGGAUAAUCGAAGCGAAGGCAUAUGAUCGCGACAAAAACGACGAAUUUUGAUUGACCUUCGGUAACCGCCUAAAGUUGUCGGAUCUAUGAUAAACUAAUCUAUCGGUAAACACGGUUUUUGUGUAGCGGACGGAAACCAUUAAGAAUUAUACCGUCGAGUGCCGCUACAUAAGUAAACUCCGGGCGAAACAAUGUCGCCGCUACGUGCGUCCAUUAAACAAAGACGAAUUUGAAUUUUCCGAUUCUCCUCUAACCAGUAUAAAUAAACGGACGCGAUCGCAAGCUUGUUAGUCAUAUCGAGCAUUAUCUACGAGUAUAGCAAGUUCUCUUUAUUGUAACUAUCAAUUCUCUACAAAUACAAUAUAAAAGCUAUGAGAUUAAUAACACAUGUACUUGUUUUCAAUCUGUUUAAUUAAAUCAAAAUCACAAAAAAAUUGUUUCGCUUAAGCAGCAGCAAGAACUUUUCUAAAUUUUUUCCAUUCUUCAAGAGGUCCAUGUUCUGGCAAAUAUUUCACAUUGCAUCCAUCUGGAGCCAAUCGGCCGGCUGUUUUCAGUUCUUCGUAUUCA